UUUAAUUCAAGAGUAUGUCAAGUUAUCCUGGGUGCUGGUGCCAUGCGAUCUGCUGGUCUAAAAAACAUUUCGGCCAAGCAUCUUGCCCUGGCAUCACAAUCUGUAGGGCUUAUGAUUGGACUUAUUCCAUCCCUUCGAGAUUGUAUUGGAAAACACAUGCCAGCCAAGCAUGGGGUUCUUUUAUCAGAGUUUGAUCGAAUUGUCAGAGACUAUAAAGACCAUCAGUCCGAGAUCCACUCCAAGUUGGUAGCGAUCAUGAAUGAACGUUUCUCGGUACAUGUGAAAGCCAUGCAGAAUGUACAGUGGGAUGAACAAGAGACAACAGGAAAAGCGGCCAACCAAUACAUGGAAACACUUGUCAAGGAAACCAUGACACUUCACAAAGUGCUGAGCAAGUACCUACCUCACCAUGAUCUACAGUUUAUUAUGUCUCAAGUCUUUACAUCAUUUACAACACAACUUUCGGAUCAAAUCAGUCGCCUUGAGAUCCGCACCGAAAAGGGCAAAGAAAGGUUUGUUGUUCAUAUUGAUUAUUUGGAUUAUUAUCUUCUUUGGUUAUUAAGAGGCUAA